CAAAGUAUUACAUAAUUUGUUUUAUUAAUGAUUUAAGUAUAUCAUAAAAUUAUUUUACUUUAAAGAUUAACAAUAAAAAGUAGAUUAAACAAAUUCAAAAAUAAAAUUCUAUUUGGUGAUGAUAAUAUUUUAAAAUAAAUACCUAAUUUUUACAUUCGGUACCUACCUACAUUCCAAAAUAUUUAGGUUAACAAUGACAUAAACAUUUUUGAUUUGAUGAUAUCUAAUACUAUAAAUUAUUUUUAUUCAAGUAUUUGUGUGUAUGUUUUAGUGUCUUUAUAUACAGGUUUUACAUCUAUUGCAACCACUAGCUAGUAAGUAGGUAUUUUAUUAUUCUAUUUUAUUUAUUAUAUUUUAUGAAAUACACUAUUUAAGCAUGUGGUAAAACCAAUAAAACGGUAUACAUUUGUUUUACCUACUACAGGCUUUACUGAUGAUCAUGACUUGGGAUUUUAUGCACUUAAAAUCCACAAAAAAAGUUAUCAAAAAAGCCUAAAAAACACAUUAAAAAACAAAAAAUUGUAAUAUGUUUUUGUAAAGUCCCCUCAUAACGUCUGUAACUUUUCGAGCACUACAAAAAUAAUUAAUUUGUGUUUUCAAAUAAAAUUGGAAGUAUUUUAAAAAAAAAUAUCUUUUGUUAAUCUUUUUUGUAGUGUUAGGAAAUUGCAUUUAAUGGUUAGAGUCGUUAUGGUCAGGUGAGCAAUUUUAAACCUUCAGUCAUAUUUUAUUUUUUUUUGAUGCUCUUGGCAUUUUUAAACGCUUUUUUGUGGAUUUUAAAUACAUAAAGUCCCAAAUCCUACUGAUGAUACUUUUAAAUAUUUUUAAAAAUUAGUUGAAAACCAACACUUUCAAUAUGUAUUAUUAUUCUUAUUUAUACUUUUAUUAUUUUUAUUAUUAUUUAUUGACUAUAUAUUAUUUCUGGAUAUUCUUGUAGAAGGAUCCUAUGUUUAAUGGGUUCUAAUUUUGUUAAGUAAUUGUUUUUCCUAAUAACCAUUUUGAAUAAACUUACCUAACAGUUCAAGAUAAAAUUGGCAAUUUAAAAAUAAAAAUUAUGAGAAUGAAAUUGUUCAGCAAAUUUUAUGAGAUAUAAAUAGAUUACUAAUUAAUACAGGUUAGCUAAAUAUAUUAAGAAAAAGUGCAUUUAUUCAAAUAUAUUAAAUUAACCAAUUAUAAAUUAACAUCAGUAUUAUAUCAUUAUGACAACUCAUAACUCAAGUUUAUAAAACAUUUACAAAACUAUAUUUAAUAAUGUAAACAACUAAAUUAUGAAACAUGUAACAGAUUGAAAUGUAUUUUUGCUUUUUAAAACAUUUAAUUUAUUAAUAUUUGUAAAUAAUAUUUUCUAUAUUUUUGUAGUAGAGCUAGUUCAACCAUGUCAUGGAUAACAAUAUCUUUUUGUUUGGGUAUUUAUGGUGUUUUAAAAGAGUUUCGUCCAUCAGAGUCGUAUGUAGUUCCUUAUUUAUUAGGUCCACGGAUGAAUUUUACUGAAGAACAAGUAAGAAGUUAUUUGUAAUUGAGUACUUAUAUUAUUGACCCCGAUAAACCAUGAUUAUAAACCCUAGAUAUAAAACUAAUAUAAACAUUGUUUUGAAUAGUAAUAUACAACUUUUGGAUCUCCAUGUACAUUUAUAAUAGGUUCUAAUAUAAUAUGUAAACAAUUGUACAUUAAUUCAUACAAUUUUAAAAGUGUAAAGAACUUAAAUGUUUCUUAUAUAAUAUUGAUUUUGGUAUUGUUUACAUCAUUAAUAAUUUUGAUAUAUUUUAUUGCUUAUGUCUUAUGAACUCAACUCUCCCAUCAUAAGCUUUGCUUACAAGGAGUGUUGCCUAUUUUAUAUAAUUUUGUUUAUAGUAUGUAUACUGAUUUUGCAUAUAAAUAAAUAAAUACUAAGAACAUUUAAAAUUUUGAGUUGUUACAUUUGUAUCUGUAACUAGAUUAAAAAACAAAAUUAACAAAUGUCUAAAUGAGCAAAAAAAAAAAAACAAUAUUUAAAAGUAAAUGUUAUUUAACAAUUAUGAGAAAAUAAGCAUAUUUGUUGUUUUCAUCUAUCAUUUACAAACUAUAUAGGUAGUUCUUAUACCAUAAAUAGAAUUAUAAAAUGACUAAAAUGUACAGAAUUUGUCUAUGGUUCAAUCAAUAAGUAUUCAGAAAUAAAACACUGAAAUAUCUUUUAUAUUAACUCAAUAACAAAAUAUUAUGUUAAAAUUUUAAUUUUCAGGUUAACAAUGAAAUACUUCCCAUUGGUAUUUAUGCAUCAAUGAUAUCUAUGAUAUUUGUGGCUUUAACAACUGAUUGGCUCAGGUAUAAAAUUGUAAUGGUUAUACAAGCAUUGUGUGGUGUUGGUGUUUAUGCUCUAUUAUCUUUAUGUACAAGUUUUACAUCUAUUGUAGUAAGUACUAAGUUUUAUAGUUUUUUUUUUUUUAUAUUUUAGAGAGGAGCGAGGAAUGUAUUAGUUAUAUAAUGAUGUUUAAUUUUUUUUUUUCUGUGGACAACUUCUAUCAGCAAUUUUGCUCAGAUUCAUAAUGAUAGCCCUUUUUUUUAAAAAGAAAAUCUUUCUGGGGAGGUACUUAAGAGAAGUCAUUUUUUGAUUUUCCCAAAAGUUUUCCCAAUAAAUAAGAAAACGUAAGAAAAUAAGUACGAUGUUAAACAAAUAUGAUUAAAGAAAAUAUAUAAUGCAUAUGUAAUAACUUUAACAUAAUAUGACAUAAUAACACAAUAUGACAAAGCAACACAAUCAACCAAACUUCGCUUAAAAUCAUCUUUUCGUUAUCAAUAGUUAAUUGUUACGUACAGUUAUACAUUAAAUUUCUUCUCUAUUACCAUUCUAACUUCUCCCUUACUACAGUUGCCCAUCCGCAUAUGAAGUAUGUCAGUAUUUUUUAAUAUACACAGUGAAUAUUAUGAAUUGGGUAUCUAAGAUUCUGCUCAAAACAAUCGAUGUGGAGUUGCAAAAAAAAAAAAUAUAGUCAACUUUAAAAUACAUUUUUUUAUUUAAACUUUUUAAAUUUAGUAUAAUAUAUAAUUAGAAAUUGUAAUUAUAUUAAAUAUUUAUACAUUUCAGCUGAUGUGAUUUCAUGAUUUGUGUAAAACGUCUCAAACAUAAAUUUGAAACAUUUUGUUUAAUGCACUUUCUAAACAUGAAUCAAUGUUUUUGUUUCUUUUUUUUUAAUAAUUAAAUAUUUGUUAUAAACUUAACUAUUGUAUCUGUGUAUGAAAUUAUGUCUGAUUUUCAACUAUAAUUAUUCUUAUACAUUUUCAGGUAGUUGAAAUUUUAUAUGGAAUUUUUGAUGCUACAGAAGUUGCAUACAGCACAUAUAUUUAUUCUGUUGUCAAUGUAAAAUAUUACCAAAAAGUUACAAGUUACACAAGAGCUGCAUUUCUUAUAGGACGUUUCUUUUCAGGGUUUCUGGCUCAGAUAUUUAUUUCCACAAAACUAGUUGAUACAUACCAAUUAAAUUUUCUUACAUUAGGAAGUAUGUGGGUUUAUUUUAGAAAUAUAGCUAUUUACCAAUUGCAUACAUCUAUUAUGUAUUUCAGGUCUGAUGGCUGCAACAAUUUGGGCUUUAGUUUUACCAUCUAUAAAAAACAAUAAACUAACAUCAGAAAACUACAAUAUGAAAGUAACAAGUCCUAAAACAGUAACUCAAAAUGUACAUGAACAUGAUGUAUCAAUGGAGAAAAAUAUAGAAGUAAACAAAUUAAACAUUAUUAAAGAAUACUUUUUUGUUUAUUAGUUCUUUUAAAGUUUAAUAUUUAGUUAUGUUUUAGAAUAAACACAUUACAUGGAAAUAUAUCAGGUCUAUGUGCAAUGAAUAUACAAAUAUGUAUGUUUUAAAGUGGUCAUUUUGGGUCAUAACUUCAACCUGUUGUUUUCAGCAAGUAAACAUAUUAACCAAAAAUAAUAAUAAUAUAUAGAUAAAAUUUAAUUUUAUCAAUAAUUUUAAAUAUUAUUCAUUUUUAGGUAACAAAUUAUAUUCAAUCUUUGUGGGAAUCACUAAGUUGUAAUGAUUGUCCUCAUAGUGUUUGUAAAUCAACUUCUGAAUGGAAUGGUGCUGUUGAUGCUGUGUAUACAAUAAUAAGUAACUUUGAAAUUAUUUAAUUAUUUAAAAUGUAACAAAAAUACUCUGUACCAUAGAUUGUACAUACUUGGUUUGCUAUGACUGUCACUAUAUUUCUAACAAAGAGAGUUUUCUACCAUCAUUAUUACUAUUUUUGACUUAAAAUAGAAAAUAUUUUGAUACUUCCUAUUUAUGAAUAAGUACCAAAAAUUUAUUUACAGUUUGUAAAUUACAUAUUUUAUUUUGACUAUAAACUAAAAGUAAAGCAAUAAUAUAAAAUUAUUUAAAAAUCCAUUUAAUUUUGUUAAUAAGUAGCAAAAUGGGCACUGUUUUUCUAUGAAAAAUGUAGUGUUAACACACUAUACACAGAAUACAAAAAAGUAAUGCUAGUGCGCUACAGUAGAAUCACUACAAAUAAUGCGCUACUUACAGCCAUUAGAUAUAAGUAAUACCAGUGGGGGGAGGGGCCUGCACAAGCGCGGGGCUCCGCAAAUUAUGUAUUCCGAAUAUCACUUUAUCUUUAAAUAAUCAUAAUAAUAUUGUCCCAAUAGUAAGUAAAUUUUGAUCCAUAAGCUGCAUGGCAGUAUGGUUUUCUUAGGACAUAGGUUGUUAUCGAUGAAAAUCAAUGUGGUAACAAUUAUACAUAGCUAAUAAAAAUAUCGAUUAAUAUAAUGCUAUUUGAACCUGUAGUUAUUUUGUUCCUAAUAUAAAAAUACAAAUUUGAUUUUAUUAGUUUAUAUGUAGGUAUACAAAUUUAGAUUUCUAACAAGACUUUAAAGUUUAUAAAAUUAUAUGAAAAUAAAGUAAGUUCAUUAGAAAAUUAAAUAAACAUAUAUGACACCCCACAAAAUUCUGCACCGGGCCUCGAAAUCUAUCAAAGCAGCACUGAGUAAUACAUCAUAUUAUUAGAUAGAUUAAUUCUGGUAACAUCUCAUAAAUUUAAUUAAAGUUAAAAAACCUAAAACAUUUAAUUCUAAAUUCAUAGAAAUAUACUCUACAUAAUAUGUAUAUAAAUGUAUUUAUAGAAAUCAAAUUUGUUUUGUUACGAAAUUAUAUUUAUAAUAAAAAAAGACAGGCAUACUUCGAAAGUGGGUGCAGCCACUGUUGUAGGUGGGAAAUUGAGAAGGUAGGUAGAAUGCAUAUGGGAAUUUAAGCAACGAUAAACCAUUGCUAACGAAAAGGUGUUGCUUUUCAACAAUAUACAUGUUAUUUUGAGGAAAAAUAAUACAUAUGUAUUAAACAUUUUCAAUGAUAUUUGAUAAUAUUGUACUUAUUUUCCCAUUUUUUUAUAAUAGAUUAAUAUAUUCAUUCAAAUUUUUAGAAUAAUAUAUUUUACAAAAUUGUUAUUUUGAAAUUUUCAAAAGUGAAAAAAUAGUUAUGUUUUCCAAAAUUCUUUUCCUCUAUAUUUGUGUCUCUAGCACAAAACUCAAUUGAAAAAAAAAUGAAUAUUGACAAUUACUAACAUUUGGAUAACACUGUAGAACACCUUGUAUACUAAUUAAUACUGAUAAAUUUUUGAUUUAAUUUUAGGUACAUUUGUCACAUUUUUUUGUGGGUCAAUAAAGUUCAAUUUAAAUAAAUAUGGCAAUACACUUAUUGUAAUAACAUCUAUUAUUCAUUUUAUUAGCCUUCUUACUUCAGCUGUAUGCAGUUCAAUUUAUUUGGCUUACAUAAAUUAUAUAAUUUAUUGUACAAUUUUUCAAGGAAUGUUGACUAUUGCCAGGUCAGAUAUAAAAAAAAAAUAAUUCUCAAAUGUUGUAUUUAAAAUAUUAAUAGAGAAUAAAUUAAAAAUUAUUUUUUUAUUUUGUAUUGCAGUUCUGAAAUAGCAAAGUCUGUCAAUAGAGAUAAGCAUGGAUUUGUAUUUGGUGUAAAUACCUUAUUGGCUACAACUUUACAAUCAUUAGCUGUAUUUUUUAUGAAUACAAUUGGCUGGUCUUCAUCCCCUAAAAUAUCGGUAAAUUCAUGAUUUCUCAAAAGUUUAAAUCCAAUCAGUUUGUACAUUAAAAAUAAUGAUUUUUUUUUUUUUUGUAGUUUCAAUAUUAUGCCAUAUUUUGUCUGUUGAUUGGGAUGUGUUAUCUAUUCAUCACAACUAGACAACUAUUUAAAAAGUAAUUUAAACAAAUAUAUAGGUGUACAAUAUAUAUAUUUCCUUAAUAUAUUUACAUCAAUUAUGUAUUUAAAUUAUAACUUCACUAUUAUUCUUAAUCAAAAAAUAUAACAACUUAAAUUAUUUUAUAUGAAAUUUAUCUACAGGUACUAAAUUAUUAAGUCACUAGAUACUGUUCUUAACUUUUUUAUAAUUUGUAUUUUAAAUUGUAACUUUAUUAGAAUCAUAAUAAUAUACAGACUAGUCCCUCA